AGCAGAAAGAGUGUUCCGAUGUGUGAGCAGACAUUUUGUUUCUCAUCGCAGCCGUGGCCACAGUGCAAGUUGUGCUGAGACUUUUCGUGGCCUGUCACCUCUCUGUUCCUGUUUCUUCGGGGAUUGGUGUUGCCCAGCCGUUCCGGGAUCCGUCGCGUGCCUAAAUUCGGUCGAAAAUCGCCCUGCUGAGCACGGGUUCGGACCGGAGUAUCGUCGCGGAGAAGAAAGACACGAUUGCGGAGCAGAAUUUCCAGGAUUUUACUUUGCUGCCCCCGAAAACCUUCCCUCGGAUUAAGUGCCAGAAGCUCUGCCAGUUCAGUGCUAUGUGGUAGAGAAGAAUCGGGUCGUGGUUCCCUGAAGUAAAGAGAAAAUUUUCCUCCCGGAAUCGGAGAGUGUGUGUGUGUGCGGUUCGGUUGGAGAUAAGGAGGAAAAAAUAAGGCCGGAACUAACGCAUCGGAUCUUGUUCGAGGACAAGGAGCAGCAGCAGCAGCAACAACAAUGGGCACCCGUGACGACGAAUACGAUUAUUUAUUCAAAGUUGUACUGAUUGGAGAUUCCGGCGUCGGUAAAAGUAAUCUGCUAUCGAGAUUCACUAGGAAUGAGUUCAACCUGGAAUCGAAAUCCACCAUAGGAGUAGAGUUUGCUACUAGAAGUAUAGAGGUCGAUGGCAAAACAAUCAAAGCCCAGAUCUGGGACACGGCCGGCCAGGAGCGCUACCGGGCGAUCACGUCGGCCUACUACCGGGGCGCGGUCGGCGCCCUGCUCGUGUACGACAUCGCCAAACAUCUGACGUACGAGAACGUGGAGCGGUGGCUGCGCGAGCUGCGCGACCACGCCGACCAGAACAUCGUGAUCAUGCUGGUCGGCAACAAGAGCGACCUGCGGCACCUGCGCGCGGUACCGACGGACGAGGCGAAGGGCUUCGCCGAACGGAACGGCCUCAGCUUCAUCGAGACGUCGGCGCUCGACUCGACCAACGUUGAAACAGCAUUCCAGAACAUACUCACAGAAAUCUAUCGAAUUGUGUCGCAGAAGCAGAUCCGGGACCCGCCGGAGGGCAGCGUAAUCAGACCGAACCUGGAGAACAUCGACGUGAAGCCGACCAAUCCCACGACCGACUCGGUGCGAAAACAAUGUUGCCAGUGACCGCCACAAGCAGAGACCACGACGCGAUCUGUUCUUACUACUACUUCUGCUACCACAACAGCAACUUCAACAACAACAACAACAACUACUACUAUUACUACGAUUAUUAUUAUUAUUAUGAUUAUUGCUGCAAAACCAUCAAUAGAAACAACAACAGCAACAGCUACAGUAAUGAAGAACUUUCUCAAUAGUAAUAAUAGUUACAGUAAUAUGCUUUUGAUUUGAACGAAACGAAAAGAAGAAAACAAACAACAGAAUUAAAAUCAAGUGUUGUAACAAACAAGCAUCCUUAUCUCUACAAAAUAAAGUAGUCAAAUUGGAGAAAACAAAAUAACAAAAAAGAAAUACCAGCUAAUCGAUUAACAUACUACUAUUACCCCUCCUUAAAAAAAUGAUUCAAGAUGACAAAAAACCACUUUUCAGCAGUACUAGAUGUCAAGUUUUCGAACGCAUAGUCGAAUCUAAUACAAUACACAACACUCACACCCAUAUUAAUUGUUGUUUGAAGGCGAACAGAGAGAAGAGAGUGCUAAUCCUAUUUCGUAAUUCUGAUUAAACGGCUGUUUCCGUAACGAGAAAAAAAAAAAAAUCACACCAGAAAAAGAAAACAUUUAAAAACACACACACGAGCACAUCUGCAAUUUACGUAUUCAUUUUGAUUGAUUGGAAAAAUUGAUGUACUCACAAAUAGUUUUUGAAAUUAAAAAAACAGCAAAUAUUAAAGGACUUGUACUCACCAUCAAAUUCAAACACACACACGCGCCCACGAGCAUUGCAUUCACACACCACGGCGGUGCACCCACGUACAUCAAACUAGAUACUCUCGAUAUGUGGCGCGCCAUUGGCGAGCAGAAUAAUUCAAAUAAACAGAAGGGAGUUGAAGGAGAGCAAACAAAAAUCGCAAAUCAGCUACAGUAGACAAUUGCGCUUUAGAGUAAAGAAGGAAUAAAUAAAACAAGAGAAAAGAAUAGAAAAAAAAACAUACCGCUUGAACGCAAUAAAAACAAGAUAAUUCGUCAAACAAGAGUACUACUAAAACAAACUUGCAAAAUCAUUUAAUAAAAAAGAUAAAACAACAACAUAGGUGAUAUGCUGCGAAGGAAGAACUUUAUUUUAAUUAAAUUAUGAUCAAAAGUUGAAAAGUAAAAUGGAAAAAUAAAAAGUUACUUGGGAAAUAAACAUUAAAAACAGUGAGCGGUGGCUAACACGGA